GAAAAGAAUAAAUUAAUGCAAACAAGUCGGGACAAAAAAAUGGACAUUGACAGAAAAUUUAGCAAGGACACGAAUGAGAUAUUGGGCAUGCAAAUGGACAUGGAUAACAUGGCGAACCGGAAAAUGGACAAAAAAAAGCUGACAGGAAUGAAAAUGGACACGGCCAAGAGUAAGCACAUGAAAAUGGACAUGACAAAGAGCAAGGACAUGAAAAUGGACAUGGAUAUGGGAAUGUCACAUAAUGAAAUGGGUAUGGAUAUGAAUAAAAUGAAACGACUAAUGGAGGGAUACAAAUAUCACGUGAUGCUGGAUAUAACUUCUAAACUAAUGUUUUGUUGGAACGUUAACUAUUCUAACAGAACGGUUUCCAUCCGGGUAACUUGCCAACUCCCGCCAAAUUAUUGGUUUGGUGUAGGAUUUUCCGAUUAUGGGGAGGUAACUGAUGCUGAUUUUGUUGUGUUUUGGAAUGAUCCUGUAUCUACUCACCAUUUACAGGAUUCUUAUACUGACAGUAAUGGUGUAUUGCAUGCCGACCAUUCCCUGGAUUAUACCCUGCAUAGAGCACGAACCGAGGAUGGUUUAUCUAUAUUAGAAUAUACUAGACCAUUUGAUACGUGUGAUGAACGAGACUAUCUCCUGGAUAAUGGUACAACACAUAUUGUAUAUUUUGUGUCAAAAGGAACACCUUCCACGUGCGUAGGGAAAGACGUCAGAGAUUUACACCAUGGGUUCCAAAGAGUCCAGUUAUUAAAACCAGACGUCCACCUACCUCCUCUACCUACAGAUGUCUGGACAUUUGAGAUUACAGCACCAAAGGUAAAAAUACCAGGUAGUGAGACAACCUAUUGGUGGUUUAUAACAACAUUACCUAUAUUACAUCAUAAACAUCAUAUUGUUAGAUAUGAAGGAGUUAUACAGAAAGAGAACGAAGAUAUUGUACACCAUAUCGAGGUCUUUCAUUGUGUUGGAAGGAAACAUGUUCAUCCAUACAGUGGCCCCAAAGUUCCCGAGGGUAAAAUGGAUCCAACAUCAGAUUUAGCUAGCUGUAGGAACGUGAUUGGGGCUUGGGCUAUGGGUGCUGAGCCAAUCAUUUAUCCAGAAGAAGCUGGUUCCCCGAUAGGAGGCGAAGGGUUCUCUCCCUUUAUUUUACUGGAAGUUCAUUAUCACAAUCCACAUCUUAGAACAGGUCAUGUAGAUAGUUCAGGUAUUAGGUUCUAUAUAUAUUAUAACAGGUCAUGUAGAUAG